CAAUCGAGCUUCCCUCAAAAAAAAAAGUAGCCAAUCGAGCUUCGCCGGGCGUCCUUGCGCUCGGGGAGAAGAAGGCGAGCGCGAUGGCGAACGUGGCGCUGCUCUCCGCCUCCUCCUCGCCAUCCACCUCCUCCUCCGCCAACGCUUCCUCGCUCGUCCCUCGCUGCCCUCCAUCUCGCCGGUCCGCCUGCACCCGAAGAGCAGCCUCCAAGCUCUCCAUCGUGGCUGCCAUGGGCGAUGACCCGAUCAAGGAAUGGAUCCUCACCGAGGGGAAGGCCACGCAGAUUACAGGGAUAAGCUCCAUUGGGGGUGGCUGCAUUAACAGUGCUCAGCGCUACAUUACUGACGCUGGCUCCUUCUUUGUGAAGACCAACAGGCGCAUUGGCCCCGCUAUGUUUGAAGGGGAGGCUCUCGGUUUGAAGGCGAUGUAUGACACGAAGUCAAUCCGUGUUCCUCUGCCGUACAAGGUUGGAUCGUUACCAACUGGUGGUUCUUUUAUCAUCAUGGAGUUUAUUCAAUUUGGUCGUUCUAGGGGAGACCAGGUAACCUUGUCCCGAAACCCCUUUCAUUCAAAGAAAAAGUCAGCUCUGGGAAGGAAGCUCGCUGAAAUGCAUAAAGCUGCUAAAUCUGAUAAGGGCUAUGGUUUCUACGUUGAAAAUACUAUUGGAAGCACUCCACAAAUUAACACUUGGACUGCUGACUGGAUUGAGUUUUACUCAAAGCAUAGACUGGGCUACCAGUUGGAGUUGAUAUCACAACGAUUCGGUGAUUCAGCCAUAUAUGAAAAAGGUCAACAAUUGAUCAAGAAUAUGCAUCCACUUUUUGAUGGUGCUGUUAUUGAGCCAUGCUUACUUCAUGGUGAUUUGUGGAGUGGAAACAUAAGCUCUGAUGCUAACGGAGAUCCUGUAAUAUUGGAUCCAGCAUGCUACUAUGGUCACAAUGAAGCAGAGUUCGGGAUGUCAUGGUGUGCUGGAUUUGGUGGGGAAUUUUAUAGUUCCUAUUUUCAGGUGAUGCCAAAACAACCAGGCUUUGAGAAGAGGAGGGACCUGUAUCUCCUCUACCACUACCUGAAUCACUACAACCUUUUCGGCUCAGGGUACCGCUCAUCAGCUAUGUCCAUAAUCGAAGAUUACCUGCGAAUGCUGAAGGCUUAGCUAGCUCUCUUCAAGAACAACUGAACAAGAAAUAGACACUUCUGUUUCUCCUCACAGUGGCAUGAAUGCUGAAUACACCAAAUGUAGAAUUGCACGUGUAUAUGACAUGUUUUUGUAUACCCUCCUAUGUGUCACGAUUUUUUUGCAUCAUAUAUACAUUUCUUGUAAAGUAUCCCCCCCUUGUCACACCAUUGUAUGAACUGAAAGAUCCCCUUAUAUCUGUAAAUAUCUCACUGAUAAUUUAUCUGAUCAUUUCUCUGGAUA